UAUCAAAGGGAAACAACUAAGAACACAUAUUUCCUUAACGUUUUGUUUACAAAUGGACGGUGAAAACAUUUAAUCGAUAUGUUCCUUCAAAUUUAAAAAUGAAAGAAAAAAGAAACUUUAUACACUAAACAUCUCUCAUUGAUAUUUGAUUUUGACAUCAUUAAAACUUCUGAAUUUGAAAGCUGAUAUUUCUAUACAUUGUAAUAAAUAGAAUGGCUUCAAAACAUGUUUCAAUUUGGGUAAAAGCAGAGCCGUUUAGCUAUGGAACAAUUCCAGUUGCACCACAUCCAAGGCUAAAUAGCACCAAUAUUCGCAAAAUUGUUGUAUAUUCUAAGAACAAAGGCAGUGCUGGAUUUCCACGGCUAAGCUACACAAUGUGGCAGCAUAUAGCUUGCAAUAAACUUCAUUUAUCAGAAGAUCUUGCUUGGAUGUAUUUCCAAACUUGUCAGUUUUUUACCCAAAGUAUUUCUCCAGUUGAAUGUAUAGAGAAAGAUGAAAAGCUUGCAAAGAUUAAAGAUCAGCAUGACAGAAAUAAAAUGAUGGCUUCAGAGUCAGUUGAUUUGUACAAGUUUGUCAUUUUUCUAAGCAUGCAGCAGUUGUACAGAAUGUCUUUAAGAACAUCUUUAGUUGCAGGAGAUGAAUGGCCGAGUACGUCCAGCUCAGCAACAACGUGUGAACUAGAUGGACGCUCUACACCAAGAGGUGGGACAAGCAAGUCAUUAGAUGAUCAUAGCCAUCACAUGUUUAUUCAGAACAAUAUUGGAGAGCUUACUGACCUAAUUUCAGAUGAAGCAGGGGGAGCAACCUCUACAAAGUAUUUAGCUCUAGAAGCAGUUGAAGCUCUUGGUUUUGUUUUGAUAGGAAAGUUAGAUAACUCCAGUUCACUGAUACAACUUCAAGAUCUGGCUAUGCUGCAGACAGUACAGCAGCAGUCAGGCUAUCAGAAGGCCAAUAAGAUGUUUUUAACUCGACAAUUCACUGUGUGGUUAAAAGAAUGCCUGGUUCAAAACCCAUACAAUGUGUCUGCAUGUAUAGCAUCUGGCACAAGGUUGUCCUGGCCAUUUAUAGGGGAAGAUGUCAAGUCUGAACACAGUCAUAAAAGAGGGAAGAUUGCCACCAAUGCCCCAACUGUUCCUAAAGAGCAUAUCAAAGGAAACAAGAUGAUAAUCAUGAGUCAAAUCAGUAAGCAGACUAUAGCCAGGAGCUCUGGAACUCUGGAGAUGAGUACAGUGAAAAUACAUCGCAGUCACCAUUCAUUCCUCUACCUACUGUCACCUCUCAGGUCAGUGACAAUUGAAAAAUGUAGAAACACAACACUGAUACUUGGUCCUGUGGAGGCAACGGUGCAUGUCAGUGGCUGCGAGAAUGUCACCAUCAUUGCACCUUGUAGGAAUUUUAUGAUCAGUGGGUCAACUCUAUGUACACUCUACCUCCUCAUCCCGAACCGUCCAUUGAUUCUGAGUGGAAAUGACACUAUCAUGUUGGCGCCAUAUCAUACAUUCUAUCCAUCACUGGAAGAGCACAUGUUAAAAGCUGGCAUUGGAAUAGUGCCCAACAAAUGGGAUCAACCACUCUGUAUUGGGCCAGACCACAGGGAAGAUCAACCUGUUUGGCAAAUUUUACCAGAAUCUGAGUUUUAUCCCUUUUCUGUGCCUUUUGAGAUGCAGGGUUCAACAAAGUCUAUACCCUGCAGUCUCCCAGCACACUAUCAGAAGGAGUUAAACAAAAGACAAAAGCAGAUUGACACAUGGCAGCACAUGGUCAAAGAUGCUGGAUUGUCAAGAGAACAGAGGAAAGAGUUUCAGACUCUGGUAGAGUCUAGAUUUCAUAUCUGGCUGUCUGAGACUGGACACAAGCGAGAGUUGGACAGCCUGGUUGUUCCUUUACAGGCUGUCUCUGAGAAGAAAUGAUCUGCUCAGCCAUUAUGGAUGUGACAAAAUAAUUUAAUUUCAUUUUUCUAGUUUCUAUUAAUGCAAAAAUCUCCAUGUUUUUAAAUAUUAUGUUUAUUCAUAUCUUUUCUGUGCCCCCUCUUCCUCUUUCCCUUCAACCAGGAAAGAGGAAUCUAGUUAGCUCCCCUUGUUAAUUGUUUUAAUUCAAAUCAGGCUUUAGCAUGUCUAUGAGCUCACUCUGGUCUUACCUUUGUUGUGUAGGAAGUAGAGAUUGUUGAUUCUUGUGCUGGUGACAUGAAACGUUUCAUCACUUGUUGCUUGCAAUAGCAAGUUUACUGUAUGGGAAUUUUUUACUUGGCUGAUUAUAAGAUCUAUUCUUGUUGUUCACAUCUUUAUAAUAAAUGCUUAGAUGUUCCAGCAAGACUUUGUGAGCCACAGGAACUUCAUAGUCAGUUUAAUUAAGAAAAUAUUAGUAUUAGUCAAUAUUUUUUAUAGUGUUGUUUUUUUUUAACCUAUUCAUUGUUUUAAAAUUUGGGAUUGGAUUAAGUGUUGUUUUGUUUAUUAUUUGACAUUCACACCACAUGUUUACACCUU